GAUUGUGUAUGUGCGUGUGCCUGUGCCCGAAGCCCUACAAGAUACUCGGCAUACUUACCUUACUGGGGAGGCACCGUGGUCAAGCGGGCGGUCCUCCCCGAGAGCCACUGUCUGCCCAUUGCACCAACCGGCGCGGACAGGCGGCGAUCGGCGAAUUGCCUUAGUGGUGAUUCGACAGUAUAAUUUCUGUUAGAUGGGGAUGGUGUGCGUUCGCGCCGCCGUCCCUUUCUUUUUCCCCCUCCUUUCUCUGAUUGAAACGACCCAAACCUUUUCUCUUUCCUUUCUCUCUCUUUCUCUUCUGUCUUUUCUCAAUCAUUCGAUUCGAUCUCCUUGGUUUGUGUUUUGAAUGUCAUCAUUCAUUGGGAUUGUACGAUUGGAAGGGAGAGCGCUUGCAUUCACUCGGUGGUGUCGUUGAGCUUGAGUUUCACAAACUCUGCUGCUUUGUGUCAAAAGCGAUUGUCGAGAAUACAUGUCCAAUUUCAGGCUCUGCCAUGCUUUCACUCUUGUAUCUCCAUCAAUCCAUGCUGCUGGACCUGCUCACAAAGCUCGAGCGAUUUGAGUUUGUGCUGGCAAGCUCAUCUCCACGCCGACGCGACAUUCUCAACUCCAUUGGCAUUCGCGUGCUGAUCGCGCCGUCAACGUUCGCAGAGAACUUGGACAAGAGCGUCUAUGCGGCAGGCGAGCUGUGGCGCUACGCCCUGGACACGGCCGAGCAGAAGGCGUUGGACGUCCAAGCCCAGCGACAGCGCAGCGCACAAGGCGAUCGUGACAAGGCGAGCCGGCUGCAAAGCGAGAUUAUCGUCAGUGCAGACACGAUUGUGGAGAGCAAUGGAUUGAUUAUGGAAAAGCCAGCACAUGCCGAGGCCGCGUUUCAGAUGAUCAAGCAGCUCAGUGGCAGGACCAGUCAAGUCCACACCGGAGUCGUCAUCAUUCCCCCAACAGCGACCAACUGCACGCCAAGUGUUGUGAAAUUGCACGAGACAACAAUAGUUCGCUUCGCCGACCUCCCGGACGACCUCAUUCGUGCCUACGUACAAACUGGCGAGCCAAUGGAUAAAGCGGGUGGCUAUGGCUACCAGGGAUUGGCUGGAUCUCUGAUUGCGGGAAUCGACGGCUGCUACUACAAUGUUGUCGGGUUUCCGCUGCAUUCGUUUUGUCACACCAUCCGACAAAUGACCCCUCAAUUGCUUGCAAAUGCGCCGCCGCCUUUGUGAUUUUUGUUGGUGAUGCCUGUGGCCAAGGUUGGCGAGAGGGAGGGGGGAAAGCGGAUUCGAUGGUCGAUUCGACGGCGUUGCUGUUUGUAUUUUGUAUGUCGUCGCCACCUAUGUGUGUAAUGAAGUGACUACGCUCAAUCCGACUACUAGUAAUGGAAGA